AUGUGCCUUUUUUCAGGUUGGAGGCAAGGGCGACGGCAGUCUGACGCCUCACAUUCCCCACACCACCACCUUCAUCAAGGCUAUCACCGCUAUGCCCAGAACCGCCGCAUUUCAGAUGAGCGUGCCGCAGGACGAGUUCCCGGUGCUGCCCUUUACAGUCGCCAUCGUGGAAUCGGCCACCGUUGUGCUGGCCAGCCUGCGCCCGCUCGACACCGGUCCGGCUUCCAAGCAUCAGACGAACCGGGUCGUGAGCAGUGCGUGCACUUGGGCUGGGACCUGGUUCGAUGGAAACCGACGCUGGAGGCCGUGGUGAUCGAGAUCAAGACCAGGACAGCGCUGCGGGGCGUGACGCGGCUCUUUACCGGGGUGUACCUGGUGGCCAACCUGCCCGGCGGCACCGAGAUGGGCUGCGACCGGGUCAAGUGGCCACCACGCUGCCAGAUCUCGGCGCGCCAGGCGGUGACGGAGAUGGCCGUGUGCGCGCUGAGGGACUUCCUCGUGGGCUCGCCGUUCACUUUCUGGCCUUGA